AACUGUUCUUUUCAUUUAUCAUAGAACGUGUAUAGGUUUAGGUACUAACUGAAGAUACUUCUCCUCACAAAAUGAUGAACGGAGAGCUAUUUGUUGUGGUGUUUUAUUUGUAUAUUUGCGAGGCUACUGCUGUACCCAUUAAAGGAACUUUUACCAAAAACCCGAAAUGGGUUGAAGAAGCUGCACUUCGUCUUGGACAACAUGAACCAUUUUUAAAACUGCUAUUAAAAGAUGAAGGCUUACUGGAUAAAGUAAAAACAUUGAUAUUUGGAGUGCUCUAUGAAUUGGCAAAAGAGAAAGGUCAGAAAAAUGAAAUAGAACUAUUAAAGAAGAAACAUGAAACUGAAAGAAACCAACUAAAAGACAAAAUUCUCGCAAUGAACAUCUCUUUGAUGUUAGUGUACCCGUUCGCAAGAUUACUAUCAUGCAACGAACGUCUUCGAUAUGGCAUGGCGAUAUUUCCAUUGCUGUAUUCGAAUGUAGAAGAUAUAAACCAGGAGUCAGCUGAACUACAUCUAACAGUUAACAAGACGUGGACAAACAGGACGACGAAUUUAACACACAUCGUAUCCAGAAUUUCCAGCAUAAUUAAAAAUGAAUCGACUCUAUCGGAAUUUGAAAAGAUCUGGGAAGCCCUGAAAAAUUUGGACCUUACAAAGCAUACUUACACCAACGGUACAGAUCUUUCCUUACAACUUCUCAAGUUAAAUGACUGUGUGGAUGCUGACUCGGCAUUUAAAUCCUGUAAAUCUGCAGACACAUUUUGGAGAACACUCAGUGUCGAGUCUUUAUCCGAUCAGCAAACCAACUCACUCGCAGACAUUACGAAGUUAUCGCAAAAAAAAUUAGUAGAUCUUCUACCACCAUACUUUGGAGACAGGUUUCAUAAGUUACAAGUGAAGUUAGCAACAGAUUAUAUGGAAAUUGGAGGCGAACCAACACGACUGAAGCAACCAUCCCUGGAACUGGAAAGAUACGAUGUAUGUACUUGGAUACUCCAUAUUGACUAUGAACCGCAAAUCGCCAAUGUUUCGAUGCAGAUGGAAGCAGAGUGGCCACAUCUAACAAGAGCGCAAAGAAUAGACCAAUAUUGUAAAGAGUUUGUACAACUGUACGCUCUUCUUUCCAAAGCAGUUCGUACGUUGCAUAAUGUUCCACUGGAUCCAUCACGUUUUCUAUGGGAAAAGAAAUGCUGGCCUGGAAUAGAGGAUUAUGAAAAGUUCGUAUCGCUGAUUAGUAACAACGGAAACGACAGGAUGGCAUUUGUGGCGAGGACUGCAGUUUCCUUAUGUACUGAAGUAAAGAUGCCUCCGAAGAAAAGCGCUCACGAUUAGUGCGAUAGACAGUGGCGAAAUUACAACUUAAUGUUCUAGUU